CGUCGGCCAACAGCCAAUUUUUCUCCUCAAAGACCACAUGUUUUAACUGACUCGAUCCGUAUCAUUCCGCCUAGAAUCCGCAGUUGUUCCCGUGAGUUCUGCGACGUGUAAACAGAUCGCUUCAGUGUCUGUCUUUCUCAUCAUGACCUACGUCCAGGCCAGCAAUAACGUUACCAUCGGCAUACUAGCCCUUCAAGGAGCUUUCGCAGAACAUAAGACCGCCCUGCAAAAGCUCUCAUGCCAGAAGAAAAUCGCAGUUGUUCUUGUUCGGACUGCAGAAGAUCUUUCAGCAUGUGAUGCUCUGAUAAUCCCCGGAGGAGAAUCCACGACUAUUGCAUUCCUCGCUAAGCUUUCUGGGCUUUUAGAACCUCUACGGACGUUUUUGCAGAAGAAGCCCGUCUGGGGAACUUGUGCUGGAGCGAUUCUUCUUGCACAGGCAGUCGAGAACACCAAAAAAGGUGGUCAGGAGCUUCUUGGCGGAAUAUCAGUUACCAUAGCUCGGAAUGGUUGGGGUUCACAGGUCGAGUCUUUCGAAGCACCUCUCUCAAUAGACGGUCUGCUGGAUCCAACCACUCCUUUUAUGGGUGUAUUCAUUCGUGCUCCUGUUAUCUUAGCUUUACAUCCAUCCACCGAGAACCCACCAAUAGAAGUCAUCGCUCGCUUACCGGUUAACCUGGUGCCAAAGUCACAGAAGCUGAUACUACAUGACGAAGGCGACUCUAGCCCGGACGAUUCACAAAGUAUCGUCGCAUUACGGCAAGGACAACAUAUGCUCACCACAUUUCACCCGGAGCUCACUAAAGAUAGUCGUUUUCAUGAAUAUUUUGUGCGGACUUGUGUUAUGCCUACCCUCCUGUAAUAUGGCAUUGCCGCUCACUGUUGCCAUGGGUUGACUUGUAAUAGACGGGGCCUCAUAAGGUCCUUAAUUGGCAGAUAGCAACCUUGGGAGCGCGCGCACUUGUCUCUGAGGACAGCCAACAACAAAUCCAGACGAGAGCUGCAAAGGGAGACAACGUGUCACUCUCGCGAUGAGCUUGACAAAAGCCUUUAACCAGCCAUUGCUUAACCUUUAAUAUCAAAGGCACAGUGGUACUACUGUCGAAGGUUGCCGGUCUCCUGAUUGAGGCCGUGUUUCAAUAAGUGCAGUUAAGUGCACUUGGCAGGGAAAAGUACAGUGUGGUAGACAAUAACUCAUCCCACCCUUUGUUUCUAAACCCUCUGAAACCGAGACCAAGAUCAGAAUGUGCUGACCCGGUUUGAACAUUUAUUAAUUCUCCCUUACGCACUCCAAUCGAUUUGCUUCAUAC